GAAACGCUAAUGGGAAGGAGGUGGGCGGACGCUGAUUUUAAAUGGUCUUUUUCUUUUUUGGCCUUACUGGGUUUGCCCACUCCUCUGGUAGCUCGUCUAUUGGCCCAAUCCGACAUCAAUCUGCUGAGUAACCAAGUCCCCCCUCAAGUUUGAAACUUUUUUUUUUUUUACGAAGAGGAGACGGACUCCGAUUACACGAACAGCAGCAAACUUGUAACUGAUCUCACAGACUGCGAGGGAAGAAAACACUAUUUUAAUAAUUCACAAAUCUGCGCCUGGUGGCUUUACGGUUACAGAACAGCAAAAGGGUAGUGAGAAUUGGACGUUGUUUUUUGUUUUUUUAUAGCAGGCAUCCAACAAAAAUAUUAGAAGCAUGUUGUGAAGCGACAAGGAUGAAGAGCUGAGCGACUCUGUUGAGAUUAAAGCUUGUCAACUCCCGCGUCUGACCGAAGACUCGACCAUGGACUCCUUCAGCACCAAGAACCUGGCCCUCCAGGCACAAAAGAAGCUGAUGAGCAAGAUGGCCACCAAGAGCAUGGCCAACCUCUUCAUAGACGACACCAGCAGCGAAGUGCUGGACGAGCUGUACCGCGUCACCAAGGAGUACACGCGCAACCGCAAAGAGUCCCAGAAGAUCAUCAAAAACCUAAUCAAGAUGGUGGUGAAGCUGGGCGUGCUUUACAGAAACAACCAGUUCAACAGCGAGGAGCUGAUUCUGGUGGAAAACUUCAGGAAGAAAGUCCACACUCUGGCCAUGACCGCCGUCAGCUUCCACCAGAUCGAGUUCACCUUCGACCGCCGCGUCAUGAGCGGCAUCUUGAACGAGUGCCGCGAGCUCCUGCAUCAGGCCAUCCGCCGCCACCUGACCGCCAAGAGCCACUCGCGGGUCAAUCAUGUCUUCAAUCACUUCGCCGACUGCGACUUCCUGGCGGCUCUGUACGGGCCCGCCGAGGUUUACCGGACCCACCUGCAGAGGAUCUGCAACGGGGUCAACAAGAUGCUCGACGAUGGGAACCUCUGACCUCCAGUCGCCGUACUGUUGCCUCAGCGCUUAUUGUUGGAUUUUCUUUUUUUUUAUUAUUAUUGUAAAGGUGACAAUCAUAAACAUUUGUACUCUACAUGUGUUGGCUUCCAGGUGUUGCUGUACUGACAUUCCCUCAUUAAGUUUGUCCAAAGACUGCUUCUGUGCUUUUUUUUUUUUUUUACAUACAUAUAAAUGAAUGUAAAACUUUACAGUUUUGUUAGUAUAUGUGACAACUGUGCCUGUAAACCGCCCCCACAUUAUUUUCUUGUUUUUGCAUUAAAAACUCAUAAACAUUGGCACAGGCCUAACCUCUGCUAGGCGCCGUUAAGGGACAUGCACCUAAAGAGGAACAAAUGACGUAAAGGAAUGAUUGUUUUUGUUUUUCCUUGUAAGGGUAGUGUUGCACUCAUUUCUGGACAAGCGCUGUACCGUGUUCUCAUCUGCCGUUGUGACGCCAUGUGAUGCUCAGCAGCCGGGUAAUCCUGCUUAGCCUGCAUUUUCCCAACCUUUAGAGGAGAAGCCAGGCGUUUGUUUCCAAAGGAAACUGUAAUUGUCUGGUUUCUGGCCAUCACAACAGAUGUAAAAUAUGCGAGUCACAGGAAGAACUGUAAACAAGAAGGAAUGCGUUGGUGCUGCACACUGUUGAUUGUUUAGAUCGUCUCUCUGGAUGCACAAUCAUCCGGUCGGGGAGAAUCCCAGUGAGGCACCAGCUGCAAAGUUUGACCAGCGGGGGAAACCUAGAUGUUGCAGCCCUAGUCUGCUGGACAUUCAGAUCCAGCCUCGUCUGAGCUGAAGUGACUCCUCAUAAGCAGUCAGAUGAAAGACUGGCUGCUUGGAGGACCGGGCCAGGUACAGAAAUUAUCACAGAGACGAACACGGCGCCUGAUUGUGCUCUCCCGCCGCAAUUACUGCUCCUCGCUCCAGGGUGGUGUAAUGGCCUGGAGCUCGUCUCUGUCGAGCAGCCACUCCAUUCCCCCCUAAUGUGAUGGAGGCAGCCACCUCUGCUAGCGCAGAGCGAGGAGUCCUUUAAUGGACUGCAACAUGUUUCUUCCCCCUUUAAGCAGCAUAUGAAUAGUUACGCCUAUCCCUCUCUAAGCUCACAUAAUAAUGGAUGUCUUUCCUUUUUGUCCACCUUGUUUUGUAUCAGCGCCUCUGUCUGGGAGAUUGUUUUGUGCUGCGGCCUCAUUUAGUAUUCCGACUGUGUGUGUGUGUGUUUGUACCUGUGAGAGAAUUGGAAAUUGAGCCGUGUAAUGAGUGCUGUGCUUUCCCAGAUAGGACUGCUGAAACUUUAACUUCUUCUGCAGCAGCCCGGCCAAAGAAAACAGCACUGAUGAAACUCCAAAUGCUUCCUUUUCUUAGAGUAACACUCAGUUAAACUGCAUGCACUUGAUUAUUGACAAUAAGGGACACAAAGAACCUGACUGUUGUGAUUUAAGCCUAUUUUAAUGAACCGUUUUUCAACCUUACGUGACUUACUACACACUGUCUCCCACUUUUGACCACAUCAUUUUGGAAGGCUUCGAGGUAAAUCCCUUCUCCCUAAAGAGUUGACUCUAAUUGUCUCUUUAUGGCAUUUUUUAAAAGUCCAUCCACAUCUCAGGGAUAGUUUAAAUCUGCUAGCUUAAAAUAACCACCGCAGGCCGUUUGGGCUGCCUCAUUUAUAUUUACAAAGCUCACGUUUAAUAUUCUUUUCUUGUUUUUCUUUUUACUUCAGUGAAUUUUUGUAUUUGCUGAUUGUUUCGUGUCUCUGUACUGUAUCCUUACGCAACUAAUAUAAUACAGAUUACUUUUUGAAGGAAAA